AUGAUCGAUGGACGUCUUCACGCUGACAGACUCUGGCGAAUAGUGUCGUCGCGGGUGCAGGAGGAGGAGCAACGGCCAGGCACCAACAAGAGCACGGGGCCCAGCACGCUCCAGGCUGCCACAGCCCGAAGCCCUCAUCUUGGUGGCGAGGAUUCCGGUCCGCCACCGCUGCGGUCAGGCGACGAUCCUGCAGCAGAAGAAGCACCCAAUAGAGCGAGAGAGAUUGUCAUGGAUCCAACCCUACCAAGGCUACUCCCUAGGACAGCGCCGCACGCGCCGGAUCACAACGCAGCACAGCAAUCGACGCGGAACCGGCUGUCGAAAGGCUCAGGGAUCACGAGCCAGCAUAUCCGGUGGGUGACGGAGCUGAGGUCGGCGAGGGGGCGGUGGUCGAGCGAGGUGCAAGGCCCAUGGACGCAGACGGAGGACGCCUACUUCGAGUUCGUCUAUGAGCUGUUUCGCGAGGGAUUGCUCGAGGGCAUCGAGGUCGGCCUACCACUCCGCUUCUUCAUGUCGGAGCUUCUUGGGUGGGUUGAGAAGCUGCUUGCAGAUCUACCGCCGCAUGGUGUUCGGCCUAGCGAACCUGCCGGACGGCAGUAG